GGUUCAACCUCAUUUUGCAGGAAGACAAAUGCAAACAAAAGGUUCAAAAUGCACCAAACUGGUGGAUUAAGAAACGAAGAAGCGAAUGCUGCAGCUUGGGAGGCUGGAAAGGGUGCUGCAGUUGGCGGCGCAAAGUGGGGCUUGUUUGCAGCUGCAUUGGGAGGUGCUGGAUAUGCCCUUUCUCCGAUAUAUAAAGGAUUGACGAUUCAGUUCAAAGUAUUCAUCCAGAUGGGCUUUAUGGUCAUGGGGGGUUCGCUUGAAGCAGACCGACGCAUAAGAGAAUAUGAGGCAAAAGUACGAAUGGAGAAACGUAUGAUCAGGGAUCGAGCUGUGUGGAAUCAAUUUGAAGAAGAAUAUGAGCAAUCCGCUUCAAAGCAAGAUAAAUCAAGGUAAAAUUGUACUCAUAAGGAGUUUUCAGAGGUUUUGUACAUAACCAAUAUCAUAUACGCCAGCUGUAUCACA